AUGCCUCUUUGUGGUGGAUCUAAGACCGUCAACCGCAAGCUCGUCUUGCUGGGUGACGGCGCAAGCGGCAAAACAUCGCUGCUGAACGUGUUUACGCGAGGGUACUUUCCCACUGUAUACGAACCGACGGUUUUCGAGAAUUACGUCCACGAUAUCUUUGUUGAUAAUGUACACAUUGAACUCUCACUAUGGGACACAGCCGGUCAGGAGGAAUUCGACCGAUUACGGUCACUAUCCUACGAUGACACGGACCUGAUCAUGCUUUGUUUCUCCGUCGAUAGCAAAGACUCUCUCGAAAACGUCGAGUCGAAAUGGGUGGGCGAGAUUGCCGACAACUGCCCCGGCGUGAAACUUGUGCUCGUCGCUUUAAAGUGCGAUCUCCGGGAGCAAGGGAACGAGGACGAUGAAGAGGCGACAGCACCCACGGGCGCGGACGGCCAACCGCUCGAGAAGAAGCCGACAAUCAGCUACGACCAAGGUCUCGAGGUGGCGCGACGCAUAGGCGCCCUGCGCUAUCUGGAAUGCUCGGCCAUGCGCAAUCGUGGAGUGAACGAGGCCUUCACAGAGGCGGCUCGCGUUGCAUUGAGCGUGAAGAAGGACAGGGAAGAGAGCAAGUGCGUCAUCAUGUAG